UACACCCAAACUUCAACAGGUGCCUAUGAAAUCAGUUGUGAUGGACUUGGAAGCAACAGGUGUGAUCCCCACUGGUGAUUACAACACAAAUGGUUUGAUUUAUCCUCAAAAUGGCCAAAGCUGUAUUUUGUGCGCGCGCCUAUGUGACGCCGGAAAAGCUCUUCCUCCACUCGGAUUGGUGAAAACAGACGUACGGGCACGCACUUGGUCGGGAGCUUUCUCUUCGACUGCCAGGUCGUAAAAGGAAAAGAUGUACCAACUACCUGUGGAAAAAUUGGACAAAAUCAGACAAUCGAGGAAGCGAGUCAAAGAAAUUCUAUGCGACAUUGGACUUGACAACUGCAAAGAGUUGUUGGAUGAUCUUAAAUGCUUUGAUCCAGGGGAUGACUGUUUUGAGAACACAGACUGGGACGAUUUCACGGAUGGUUACUAUGGCAAAAGGAGAAAAAGGUGGCCAUACCGCACGGAGAAGCUGUGCUGUGCUCUGUGCUGGUUCUCUACCCGGUCAUGGUUCACGUUCAGAGGACACAUCCAGCGCUGCCAUGAGGAGGAGCUAGACCUGAGCGCCCUGUUGUCUUGUCCCAACUGUUCUUUCAUCAGCCACCCUGAAGUCACUAAUCAACAUGUCAAAAUGUUUCAUGGGGACUCAGCCAAAACCACAAGUGCCUCUUGUACACAAACAUCUACCACUUCCGCGAAAACAAUCCAUUCGCUCUCCACUGCUGACAUAGGAGACAAGUACUCAUGUCGGGGCUGUGGAUAUCAUGACUCACUGAUAUAUGUCAUGAGGAAACAUGUCUUGGUGAACCAUUAUCGAUCUUUACUGAACCGUUACUUUGGUCACCGGACUGAGGCGGAGCAGGCAGUGGGUGUGGUCAAGAAAGCCGGUGUUGUCAAAUUGUCUAGGUUCUUCUGCAGAAUGUGUAACAUGCCGGCAGAGACGUCGGAGCACCUGCUCUACCACAUUCUGAGUUCAGACAAACACAAGGAACUGCACUCGCAUAUCAAGCCGUUUAUCGUCGAACACGUCAACAUUAACCUCAGAACUGCUAUUAGAAACAUCCCGCAGCAGAAGCUUCCCAAUUUGGCUCCCAGGGCUGUGCAAAAGGUAGUCUCUCUGGUCUCCAAGAACAGUGACCAACAACCCAAUGGAAGGCCCUUAAUGAAAGCCCCCUCUACAGGUACUAUGCUUCUGGCCUGCUCCAAGUAAACACCACUGCACUUGUUUGUGGCCCUGACCCAAGGCACAUCUUCCUUGCCAACCAAGGCUCCGGAGGAAAGGGCUUGAUGCUCACUCAGCAGGCUGUGGCGUUCUCUUCAGAACCGGGCUGCCUUUGCCCACCUCAACACCUUGUGAAAGCUGGUCCCAUCAGAAUGAUGCUGCCCACCAGUCAGCAAAACGCCCCCAAACAGGUACCAAUAACAAUUGGAAUGCCCCAACAACAGCCCCGACAAGUGCUCCUUCCACCUGGUGUCCAAAUCAAUCUCCAAAACAAGAUGGCUGGUGGGUCCCAGCCCCUUAUGUUAACCCAGACAAGUCCCAGGGGACCCGUCAUGUCAUCCCAGUCGGUCCGUCUGGUUCCUACAGGCAAUAAGGUCAACGGCAUGCCGACCUAUACACUGGAAACUGUACAGGUCGCUGUGCCUGUCCAGUCGCCUGGAGUCACCCAGGUUGUCAAUAAAAAUGUGCUUGUGACGCAGAACAUGACCACUCUACAACAGCAGAACAAGCCUCAAACUAUUAUUGUCAUGGGAAAUGGCACAUUGUCCAAUCAAUCCCCUGUCUCAGGCACUAACCAACCGAGUAUGGCCAUGAACCAGGUGCAAGGUGACAGCGGUAGUGACCGACCCAAAGAGUUGGUAGUCCAGACGCAUUUUUUGAAAAAGAUGGAAAAUAACACUGUGAAAUGCACAAAAUGUAAAACCUUAUUGUCGGAGAAAGGUAUUUUCCAGCAUUUGCUUCAUGGUCUGCAGUGUUUGCUCUGCCCGCUGGUGUUCUAUUCUAUUAAACAAGUAAUGGAGCACAUGGGCAAGGAACACAAGCUCUCGGACAAAGCCAACUGGGAUAUUCUCAAAGAGAAGUACAGGCUCAUCAUUAAUCCCCAGGGGAAUCUUCUGUUUCCCUUUUUUGACAUGAGCACUACUGUGCCUAAAGACCUGUUGGCCGAUAAGGAGUUGAACGUGAUUCU